AUGCGCACCUCCACUGUCCUCGCCGUUGCCGCCGUUGCCGCGCCUGCCUUCGCUGCUGCACUGCCUGCUCCCCAGGAGUACGUCCUGUACCAGAGGGCGACCCCUGCAGGGUCAGAAGCGUUGAGCCUAGGUGGUCUGUUCAAAGCUGCCAAGGAUGGAUAUACCAUUGCCAAGGACGGGGUUGAUGCCUACCAUGCAGGUAAAGAUGCCUGGGAUAACCUUAAGUCCUCAAGUACAUCCUCGGAGACAUCCCCCAAGAAAUCCUCAAAGAAACCUCCAAAGAAGUCCUCGAAGAAAUCCUCAAAGAAAUCCAGAGAGGAGGACCCUGUCCCUGAGCAUUUCCAGGCGCAGCCGGUCGACCAUCCCGCAUUCCAGCCGACCCAUGCUGCCUACCCUGCGCAGACUCACCCGGCAUACGCUGAGCAUGCUGGCCAGCAUCCCGCCGCAUACCCGAGCCCUACUCACAUUGGACAACUCGGUGGACACCCAUCCGUAUACAACCACCACGGCGGCUUUCCUCACGGCGAGGGUCGGUACGGGCACCGCGGCGGCUUCCCUCAUAGGGAGGGUCGGUAUGACCAGCAACGCCACUCUAUGGGGGCGUACGCUCACCGCCCUGCGAACACUCCCUCCGCGAACAGCCUGCAGCCCCUUGCACACGUUGCUCGCACCAUCAACUGGAGCGGUCUGGCGCAAGCAGGGCAGGAUGCCGUGACCAUCGGCCAGGACGGUUACGAUGCCUUCGAAGCAGGCAAGGAUGCCUGGGAAAGCCUCAAGGGCUCCAAGAAGUCCCGUCGGGAGCUGCUCGACAUCCUCGAGGCGCGCUCGAUCCUCGACGAGCUUGACUAA